CUGCCAUUUGUCAAAAUCGUCGUUUGUUUUCAUACGAUAGCCCUCGUUCGAUUGUCCGGCCCUAGUUCUUUCUUUUUUGACGUGACCAGCGAGAAAAAUGGUGAAGAUCAAGUGCUCAGAAUUGAGAACGAAGGACAAGAAGGAGCUCACCAAGCAAUUGGAUGAGCUCAAGAAUGAGCUGCUCAAUCUGCGUGUGGCUAAGGUCACCGGCGGAGCACCAUCCAAGCUGUCCAAGAUCCGCGUUGUCCGCAAGGCCAUCGCACGCGUCUACAUUGUGAUGCACCAGAAGCAGAAGGAGAAUCUGCGCAAGGUCUUCAAGAACAAGAAGUACAAGCCUUUGGAUCUGCGCAAGAAGAAGACACGCUCCAUGCGCAAGGCCCUGUCGCCACGCGAUGCCAACCGCAAGACCCUCAAGGAAAUCCGCAAGCGUUCCAUCUUCCCACAACGCAAAUAUGCCCUUAAAGCAUAGAAAACAAAUUAUUGGAACUAAAUACCCAACAGGCAGCAAUAAUUUGUUGUUGCCAAUUAGUGUGCGCUAAGAAUUCUCCUGAAAACAAAAGCAAAAGGAAUAAGAAUAAAACCAUUUUUUUUAAAUGUGAA